AUGGCUCCGACCCAAACCCUCUCAGUGAGGGAUGCCCAGGACCUCGAAGAGUUCCGCUCGUGGCAGCUUGUCAAACGACGAGAGUUCGAACAGCAGCUCAACAAGAACCGCCUCAAUUUCGGCCAGUGGCUCCGCUACGCCCGCUGGGAAGCCAACGAGUGCCACGACCUUGCCCGCGCCCGCUCCGUGUACGAACGAGCGUUGGAUGUUGAUGUCGCCUACGUGCCGUUCUGGGUCCAGUAUAUCCGCUUUGAGUUGGCCCACAAAGCCGUCAGCCACGCCAGAAACCUCUUGGACCGAGCGACAUCGGUGUUGCCUUACGUGGCGAAAUUGUGGUUUCUAGCCGUCCAGACGGAGGAGGCGUUGAAGAACUAUGCUAAGGUGAAACUCACAUUUGAACGGUGGCUAGAAUGGCGCCCAGAACCGGUGGCAUGGGACGCCUACGUCAGUUUCGCCACUCGCCACGGCGACCCCGAGCUUGCCCGCCAAAUCUACCUUCGCUACGUUGACCAGCACCCAACUACCGAUACGUGGCUCAAGUGGGCAGCGUUUGAGCGCGAUGAGCCGGCCAAUAUCGGCAAUACUCGCCUAGUGUACGAAACGGGGGCCGAACGGCUUUUGCGGGCUCAGGACGCCAAAGUGGCCGAGUUCAUCGAUAGCUGGACACAAUGGGAAACCUCAGUUCAGGAAUACCACCGGGCCCGGGCGAUAUUCGACACUAUCUUGGCGGGAAAGGAGGUGUCGCUACCAGCGUCAGUGCGGCACCAGAUAGUCACUGUCAAGGCUCAGUUUGAUCGAUUAUACGGCCAGGAUACGCAGCUUCUCGACGAAAACGUUGCCUCGUGGCGGAUUCUGAGCUAUCGCCAACUGGUGGAGGCCGACCCCCGUGACUACGACCUGUGGUGGCAGCUAUUGACGUUGGCACCUGAUGAGGCGACAUUCGAAGCCGCUGUCGCUCAGCCACCAUUGAAUCUGGACCGCAAGCUGGCGAGCUGGAACCGGUACGUGUUCAUCUGGAUCCGCUACGCAUUGUGGCUUGAAUACGCUGUGGAAGACAUUGAGAGAGCCCGCUCAGUAUGGCAACGGUGCGUGCAAGCGAUUCCUCAUGCAAAGUUCCUGUUUGCCAAAAUGUGGAUUGAGUAUAGUCGGUUUGAAACGAGAGCGGGCGGGCUCGCUGAGGGAAGGAAAGUGCUCGGCAAAGCCAUCGGCAAAACCUCAAAGAUACCUCCUAAGGCAAAACUUUUCCGCUACUAUAUCGAUGUGGAACGCAAAGUGGGCGAGUGGCUGCGGGUCCGCAAACUCUACGAGAAGUGGAUGGAGGCCCUGGUGGCCCAUGGCGGUGGCAGUGGUCGGUGGGUGGACGUGUUGCGUCAGUACGUCGAUUUUGAAAGCUCAAUUGGCGAGGACGAACGAGUUAAGGCUUUGGUGAGUUUAGCCGGAGAGAGUGGCGACGUCCAUGCUCGAGAAUAUGCCAUUAAUUGGUAUAACGAUGAGCUUCUUUAUGAUGAGCUGAGACAAUUGUACGAAGAUGCCGUGACAUCUAACCCUGCCCUGGUGACCACGUGGAUCGCCUAUGCCCUUUUUGAGUCUCAGAUCCCCACCGAUGAACAAUUGGAUGCGUUCAACGCCUCUGACGACACCGAACUCGAAUUGGAAAUUACCGAUACUCACCGCAAGGCGACACGAAAGGUGUUCACUCGCGCCAUCGAAGCCAUUGGCGAUAACGCUAAGGCUCAUAUUGCGAUUUUGAAAACCUGGAAGGAGUAUGAGGACGUCAACGGUGACGAAGCCAACCAGCGCCGUUUACAAGAAAUGCAACCGAUUAAGUUGGACGACGGCACCUAUGAGUUCCCUGAAGUGGCGGAAGUGGUGGCUAAACCUAAUCUUGCCAAAUUCUUGGCUAGCGCUAAGGCGUGGCAGAAGAAAGAGGAGGCUGAAUAG